GCCGACCAGGGAAGCAAGCAGCGCGACGCUCGCUCCUCACCUGAAAACUCGACGUGUGCGUGUGCGUGUGCGCGCGACACCUAUGGCACACCACUGAGCAGGGCCGACGACCCCCUGCCUACUUUUCCUCCAAUCGACCCCCCGAGGGUGUAUGGGAAGUGCUCCUGGAUGGACCUGGGCGAGACCGGCUGGUCCAUGGUCAAGCGAGAAGCAUCCAGCAGCCCAGGGUCACCGGCCGAGCCGAGCUACCUGCAGCCCGGUGACAGCCGGCGCGGCGGCGCCCGCACCCCGGACGAGCUGAGGACUCCCCCGGGGGACGUCGACGCGCUGGGCGGCAGAACACUCCACCCGUACGCCCACUUCGGAGUGCAGAGCUCCGGCGAGGACGUUCCGCUCUUUACGGAUCUAGACCAGGGCGGCAAGCUGGUGCUGUCCGGCGGGGCGCACAAGGCGGCCGCGGCGGGCCUCAUGGUGGACCCGUCAGACAUGUACCAGACCCUGGCCAUCGCCGCGGCGCAGAGCCAGACCGGAUACGACUCGUCCUCGUCGGGGGCUUACAUGCACUCCAACCCCAACUCCCCCGUGUACGUGCCCGGCUCCCGGGUGGGCUCCGUGAUCCCCGGCCUGUCCUACUUGCAAGCCGGCGGCUCGGCCCAGCCGGGCCACGCCGUCUCCGGCCACUCGGUGUGGUCGCAGGCGGCCCCGGAGAGCCCGUCGUACGGCACCGGAAGCCCGCACGCCGCCUCCGGCCGCUUCCACUACCCGCCCAGCCCGCCCGUCAACAACGGCACGAGCCGGGGGGACGUCGGCUACGGCGGCGCGCUCAACGCGGCCAACCGGGCCGAGCAGUACGGGCUGUCGCGGCCGCUCGCCGGGGCCUACCCGGGGGCCUACUCGCCCUACGUGGCGCCGCAGCUCUCCCAGCUGCCGUCGCCGUGGACGGGCGGCCCCUUCGACAACGGCAUGCUGCACACCUUGCAGAGCAGGGCCGCGCCCUUGAUUCGGGGACCCAACGGAGUGUCGGAGUUCCUGGACGACAUGUCGGAGAGCAGGGAGUGCGUCAACUGCGGCUCCAUCUCCACGCCGCUGUGGAGGCGCGACGGCACCGGCCACUUCCUGUGCAACGCCUGCGGCCUCUACAGCAAGAUGAACGGCCUCAGCAGGCCGCUCAUCAAGCCGCAGAAGCGCACCGUGAGUGAUCGCGGAUCGUCGACGUCGCGGAGGAUCGGCCUGUCGUGCGCCAACUGUCAGACGAGCACCACGACGCUGUGGCGCAGGAACGCCGAAGGGGAGCCCGUGUGCAACGCCUGUGGUCUCUACACCAAAUUGCACGGGGUGCCAAGGCCGCUGGCCAUGAAGAAAGAAGGCAUCCAGACUAGAAAAAGAAAACCCAAAACACUGAAUAAAAGCAAAGGAGGCUCAGGAAGUAGCAACUCCGUCGCCAUGACGCCCACAUCCACGUCUUCUUCCAAUUCCGAAGACUGCUCGAAAACCGGCUCUCCCUCCACGCAAGUGUCCGGGGUCAGCUCGUCCGCGCUGGCCGCCUCGGGGGAGGGCUCCGUGCUCAAGUACCCGGGCCCGGAGGGUCUGUACGGCGCCGUGGGCCUGGCCCAGACCACCGACGUGGGCUCGGUGAGGGGAGAGGCCUGGUGCCCCAUGGCUUUGGCUUGAGACAAAGCGAGAGAGGAGACCCCGGACCCUCCUGCAGUGGAAGUACUCGGGAUAGUGAGGGCGAGAGGGGAGGUUGGAGGAUUUUGGAAUCCGGAUUGACGGUUUUGGCAGCGGGAUGAAGCGCCGUCGGACGCUUUUGUUGUUGUUGCGGACCAUAUACCUCCAAGAACGCCCACAAGCGUGACGGCUUCUCCAGACCUUCAGUGCACAGAACGGAUUUCCUCUCCCGGCAUUUGGAUACUCAAAGACCAUUCCCCCCCCCCCCGCCCCCCUUCUUUAUUAUUAUUAUUAUUAUUUUGUUUUGUUUUGUUUUGUUUUUUACAACUGGAAUCAUCACGCCUCAAGAAUCAAAAGAAAAGAAUAUUUAUAAAUCUCCCAUUGUUGAGAAGAUGAUUGUAAUAAAGUUCUGGAUGUAGAAUAGACGCUCAAACCUUUCCCAUGUCUUCUUUUUCCCGCCUGAGAGCUCUUACUGGUUCAAACAGGGUACCACUGAUAUAUAUAUAUAUAUAUAUAUAUAUAUAUAUAUAUAUAUAUAUAUAUAUAUAUAUAUAUGUGUGUGUGUGUGUGUGUGUGUGUUGUCUAUAUUUGUCUUGUUGGAUUAUGUUCCAAAUGCAAUUAAUGCCACUAAGGUACUCUUGACACGUAUGAAAACAAGCGCACCCAGGCUGAACUAACUCGCUUUCGCCGCAAUAUGCUCAAAUUGAGCAAAGCGAAAAGAAAAGUUAGUUCGGUUAAACUGGAUUUCAAAAUGUGAGCAAUGUGUAUUAUGCUACCUUCGUGAGGACAAGCAAUAUAUUAUAGAAAAUGUAUUUUAGAGUUUAGUGGCUGUGGCAGAACGUCAACAUUCCAGGGGUAGGUUUGAUUUGAUACAAUGUACACCCCUGCACGGGUGGGUGGUGUCCAAAAAUUGUCUUUCACUCAUUUUGGCUUAUUUAUUUUGGUGUGUUUUUUCUUCUUCUUCCCCAUUGUUGUAGAAUUGUGUUUAGCAUUCUUUUUUGGAUUUAUUUCAUUUAAAUCCAGUCCAGUAAACUGUUUUGGUGUUAAUGAAUUUAUGUUUAGACCAUGUUGUGAAAAGUAUAGUAUUCCCCCCCCCCCCCCCCCCCCCCCCCCCAUUGUUGGGCAUUUUGCGGGGAAAUAUACAGUGCGGUGACAAGAAAAUAUGUAUUUUUUUUAGCAAGUAAAAUGCAACAAUUGUUUGGUUUUUUUCCUUAAGGCUGACUUUGCUGCCACAAUUUUUUAAUUAAAGCAAGCCUUCAUUAAU